UCGAGUUGUAUAUAAUUUAUUCAACGACGACAAGGUUUCAAAAGUUUUCGUUUCUUGGAGUGCUCCUUCCGUAGCCGCUUGUGUGGUGUCAUCAUCGUUCCCAACCAAGAAAAUAUGUGAAUUUCCGGGAAAAAUAUAAAAGGAAAGACGAGAGAGAGAGAGCGCGAGGUUUGUUGGGUCUUGAAAAUCGACCUUCGAUUAGGUGGACAAAACAACCGAUUCCUAGAAUUACUCGGAACUCAACGUGGGUAUCGAAGGAUCGGAGGUUUCACCUCCGGUGCCGGUCAUAUUGCGAGUAUCUGAGAUUGUUUUCCCUUGUUGGAUGUGUUUCAUAUUUCGAUGGUUUCUUCUUUUUUUGGUUUAGUGUUUGGGCGCUUGCGGAUUGAUCGUUUUGUGGGUUAAGACGAAGGUGGUAGUGUUGCGUUUCUCAGAUUGGUGGCUGAUCGUGGUCCUUCCGCGGUCGCGGGCGAUUGGGAGGUUGUGGCUUCUAGGGUUCUUUAUUUGGGGACUCAUUUUUAGUGAACUGGGGAUGAUGGUUUCUUGUUUUCUGGCGGUGGAUUUUGAGAUUGGCGUCUUCUUGCUGGAAUUUCAAGGGGGCGUGUCGUGUUGAUGUUGUCUCUAAGGAGUAGGGAUGAGGAUAGGGAGUUUAGGAAGAGGAGGAGGAAAGGGUUAGGGUUCGAACGCAUGGGAGAGAUGGAGGAUAACGAGAUUGAAGAAGGAGAGGCUUGCUCGUACCGGGACGAUAAUUCAAGCAUCCAUGGUCCUGAUGUUGAUGUCGAUCUGUCUUACAUUGACGAAAAAAUUCAAGAUGUUUUGGGACAUUUCCAGAAGGACUUCGAAGGUGGACUCUCUUUAGAGAAUUUGGGGUCAAAAUUUGGUGGCUAUGGUUCAUUUUUACCAAGUUAUCAGCGAUCUCCUCCCAUUUUGUCAAAUUCAAGAAAUCCAGGAAAGGUCCAGCAUGCUAACACACCAAGUCAUGUUGACCAGUCCCUUGAGGCUACACGUCAGAAUAUCAAACAUCAGACAGAUGCUUCUGUCCUUGUUAGGUCUGCCCCUGCUCCCGCUAAUGUACAGAUGGCCGCAUCUGUGACUUCCUUGGUUGCCUCUACUCACAAAGAUUUUGGAAUGAAUAUUACCAUGCAUAAUGCUCAGGACUCCACUCCCAAGUGCGAGCCUGAUUUUAAGCCCUCUAACCAAAAUGGUCAGAAGUCUCUUAAAGUGCGAAUCAAGGUCCCUUCUGAAAAUGUUUAUGCUAGGAAUAAUGAGGCUAUCUACAGUGGCCUGGGCCUUGACAUUUCUCCAUCUACAUCUCUUGAAGAUAGCUCAGAUGACAGUGGAGGCUUGUCAAUCAAAACUCGGGAGGCACCGGAUGAAUCCCCUAAUUCCAUUCUUCAAGUUAUGACGUCCUUCCCACUUGUGGAUGGUUUAUUGCUCUCACCCCUUUCUGAUGUUCUGUUGAGCUUGAUGGAAAGGGGAAAGCCUCUUCAUGAAGAGAGUCGAUCAGAAGCAGUACGAAAGAGUGUCUCUGGUAGGGACACAGAAUGUGUUGUUUCAUCAUCUGGAAGAAAUUCAAAAGGACACAAAGGGAAGACAAAAGUAGCUCUACGUCAAGCUGGCGAGCUUGAGGAAGUCAAGCAUGUGAAUCCUACAGCUGAGGAGAAAGGUGUUGCUGCUAUGCUUAAGAAAGAAGUUGACAUUGAGACACCAGAAGGCAAAGAAAUUGUUUUGAAUGCUUUGAAGCUUCCAUUGCUGGCUGUAGGAGAGGAUGACUCUUGUGAAGAAUUGGACAAGUACAGUGACCUAGAUGUGGGAAAGGCCACAUGCAAGCUACCUGAUGUCUUAAAGGAGCAGGGAGAGAUCACAUUGUCUAAUCCUAUGAAAAAGGAAGCAAGGGAAUCAACAAGACACAUGGGUAUGAUGAAAGAUGGCAAUACUGUGAAUGAGAUGCUACUCAUGAAAGGGAAGCUUAUGUUGAAAACAAAUUUGGCAGGCAGAGCAUGGGAAGAGCAAAAUGAUAAUUUGGAAAUGGGGAGAGAUGAUAAAGCUACAAUUGAUCCUAGGUUUCAUGUAUCAAAUGAUUUUACUCCAGGAAAGAAAAGUAGCAACUCUUUGUCUGAGUAUCCAAAUCAAAAGAUGAAUGAAAGGAAAACGUUGAUAGCUCAAACUGAUGACCGAAAAAAACAAGAAGGGAAAAAUCACUUGGUUGUUGAGAAGAAAAAACGGAAGGAUAGCCAAAGUAACAUAAAAUCUGCUUCAGAUCCAUCUAAAGAAAGACCAAUGUCUGCCUCCGGUUCGGUAAAGCAUAAGAAAAAACACAUGCAUGCCAGAAAUGGCCUUGAAACUCCACAUGACAUGGUGAGAUCUCAGGAAUCAAACAAGAGAACUGAUAAAGAUUGCCACAAAGACACAACUGGCCAUGUGGGAAUUGAACAUCUUAAAAGCAGGGUGGAUUCAUUAGAUUCUUUUGGCAAAGAUAAUGUGGGGGUCCUAAAGGCCAAAGACAUCCAGAGGGGUUCUGAUCAACAUUUUGAAGAACAAAAUGAUGGAUUGAAUGCAAAAAUACUGGAAAAUGCAUCCUCAUCCAAUCUGAAUGUGUUAGGUUCUGUUCCUCCCAUUGCCUCAAAUGGUUUGUUAUCUGAUACAGCUGCUACUGCAGCAGCCCCAAUCGUUAUAGAGGAAUAUUGGGUCUGUUGUGACAAAUGCCAAAAGUGGCGUCUGCAUCCUUUUGGUCCAGAUCCUACAUGUCUGCCGAAGAAGUGGCUAUGCAGUAUGCAGCACUGGCUGCCAGGGUUAAACAAGUGCACUGUAAGUGAAGAGGAGACAAACAAAGCAUUCUAUGUAUUUUACCAACUGCAAGAUCAUCAAAAUAGCCUCCACACACAGAAUUUUGGAUCAGUACCUGGUGUGAACUUGGGAGAUGGGCAGAAUCCUGGUUCAACCUUGUUUAAGUGCAGUGCCAGCUCAACCACUGGAAAGAAGAAAUUUAUGGUGAAGGAUACAAAUAAUGGUUCAAACUUGACGACUUUUGUGUCAUUUUCAAAUUCAACAAAGAAAAACCAGCAAACCCCUAUCAAGAGUAUAAAUGAUGUGAACCGGUAUCCUUCAGAUUCAAACACAUCAAACAAAGAGACAAUGCAGUACGUGGUUAAGUCUCAUGAACAUGAUGGCAAUAAACAAAGGCAUAAACAGAAUGAGAAACAUAAGUCACUAAAAGGCUACUCGAAUGAAGGUGAUUAUGUUGAGCUGGAUAUGGAUCCUAAAUUCAAGGAUAUGAAAGAACCUGAGCAGGAUAAUCACAGAUCCUCCAAGAAAGUUAAGGUUGAUGGUUCCCGCACGGAUGAAGAAUGGGACUCAAGGAAUGUGCAAUCUGAUAAAGAUGAAAUCUCAACAAAGGUUGCAUCUACAAAUGUGCAAAAAUUUGAUAAAGAUGAAACCUCAACAAAGAAGAGAAAAAUGAAACAGUGGCAGGCGAGUCAGGUGCUUCCAGAGGGCAUUGUUAAUAAAGAGAAUUUCUCUGAUAGCAGGCUGUUAGCGAAAGAUGUAACACAUGAAAUGGAGAAGAAAAGGGAAAAAAAAGCAAAGUCAUCAAAGUUUGAGGAAAGGGAAUCAAGCACUCGAAGUUCAGAUGUAAGGGUGGAAAAGAAAGGAAAAGUCAUGCAGAUUGUGCCUAAUAACAGUGAAGAUCCUCUCUUGGAUGGGACGUGCGAAGGUAGCUGGGGGAGGAAUGUGAAGGAACAUCAGCCUGCAAAAUUUCAGGCCAAUGCGGUUUCUAAGAGGAUCUCAGAAGGUGUCAAUUCUUUGAAGCAGGAUAUUGGAUAUAUGCAGCAGUCUUCGGCUGCCACUUCAAGCUCCUCUAAGGUUUCUGGUUCUUGUAAAUCUAAAACAAAUCUUCAGGAGGUGAAAGGCUCUCCUGUUGAAUCCGUUUCUUCGUCCCCAUUAAGGAUGUCUAGUGUUGAUAGAGUUGCAUCAAGGAAGAACUUUUCAGGUAAGGAUGAUAUGACAAAUGUUGGUCCUUUUGUUGGAGGUAGUCCACGAAGAUGUUCUGAUGGUGAAGCAGUUAGUGGAAGCAAUCGCUCUCGGAUCACAUCAAAGGAGAAAAAUUCAGUCUUAGGAGAGCAUGUGAUGCAGAACGGUGGCAAGUCCUCUAGAUCUUUGGUUCUGGACUCAGGUAGAGUGGCUUGUGAUAAUCAUAGUGGAGACCUUAAGAAAUCUAAAUAUGGGUUGAAAACUUCUGCUGAUGCAGGCAAUAACCAUGUUGUUGAUGGCACGGAUGUCAUAGGACAGCAGAAUCAUGGUCUCAAUGAAUUGAAGAAUAAGGAAGACAGUUCAGAAAGAAAAAAUUGUGAUGCUGCAAAUGGUUCCUUUCAAGGAAAGUCAGGAAAGGGAUCCUCUUCUCGAGCAAGGGAAAAACAAGGGGGCACCAAAUCAGACACUAAAAAGGGAAAAUGUAAAGAUCUUAUUUCAUUUGAUGAAGAUCAUGGUCAGUUUGCCUCAACAAAUUCAGUGGUUGGAAAGUCCAAGACAGUUCGAAGCAAGGAUGGGAGACCUGCUUUGCAGCAAACCUCUCAGCAGCCAACAGCAUGGGAGGACGAAAAGAUGUUGGGCCCACCUCACUUAAGUAAAACUGAUACUGCAGAUUUGGUUUCUGUGAGAGGACGGUCACAGACAUUCCCAUCAUCUCAGGAACCACCGAGGGCAAACAGUUCAUCUCAUAAAGUAGGCAACACAGGUGCAUGUUCUGUGGAUGCAUCCAAUGGUGGCACAUCAAAGGUGCCUAAUCAAAUGGAUAAUCCAAGAUUAGCAAAAGGUGCUGGUCUGAGACAUGCUGCAACUAAUGACAUUGUUGUCAGGGAACUUGAUGUCAGAAGCCCGGUUAGGAAAGAAAGUGGUCAAACUGCUUUGAGAGAGGCGAAGGAUUUGAAACAUACUGCUGAUCGAUUAAUGAAUGGAGGUCAGGAGCUCGAAAGUUUUGGUUUGUACUUCCGUUCAGCCUUGAAGUUUCUUCAUAGUGCAUCACUUUUGGAACCUAAUGAUACUGAAGGUAUAAAGCCAGGGGAUAAUCAUUCAGUGCAAAUUUACAAUGAUACUGCGAAGCUGUGCGAGUUUUGUGCCCAUGCUUUUGAGAGGUACAAGGACAUGGCUGCAGCAGCAUUGGCAUACAAGUGCAUGGAAGUGGCCUAUAUGAGGGUUGUGUUCUUGAAACAAUCGUACAUAAACAGAAUUCGCCAUGAAGUGUUGUCUGUGUUGCCUAGUGUCCCUGGCGAGUCACCAUCUUCCUCUGCUUCAGACAUUGAUAAUUUGAAUAAUCAUGUAAUGUCAGAUAAGACUAUUUCACUAAAGAGAGUUGGUUCCCCUCAAAGACCAAGCAGCCUUGUGAUAAGUGCCCGCAAUAGGCGUAGCUUUGACUGGCUACUCAACUUUGCAAAUGAUGUACACUUGGCAAUGGAUGCCUUGAGGAGAUCACACAAUGCAUUAUCAAUUGCUAAUGGAAGUUCAGGAUUUGCUCGGUGUGGUCCUGAGGGCAUCUCUUCUGCAAGAAAAGUUGUUGAUUUUAACUUCCAUGAUGUGGAGGGGUUCCUGAAUUUAGUACGUCAUGCAAUGGAAGAAAUUAGUUGCUAAAUGCUGGUGGCACUCAUGAAUGAAUUAUUUUGCUGGCUUAUUCAUCAGAUGGGCAAAAUUUUGUGAGCACGUGAAGGUCCUUCCACUUGGUUGUUAAAUUCAUUACCCAGCCUAAAUUUUUGCAACUUCUCCCACCUGUAUAGCUGUUUGCUGGUUGCGAUGAGUUCUUGCAAUGUUGAUAUGGUUUCAUGUUGAGAAAAUGCACUGGUGAAAUUUGGCCAAGUAGAGUUGGGAGCUCUAAGAGGCAGAUUGAGGAAUACAUGCAACACGCAGGAAAUAUAAAAGUUAUUUGAAAGAUUUGGGCCAUAUCUGGUGAAAUAGCGUGUUGCCAAAAUUUGGAAGUUUGAAAAUGAAGCGCAGACUUAGCUGGAAAGUAUAUACAUGAUGCAACACUCAAAAGGCACAAAACCUGGUUCGAAUUAGUCCAGUGCUGAACCUUUUAAAGAUCUAAAAAUCUGGAAGUUUUUUCUUUUUCCCACUAGUUAUGGUAAAACAUUUGGGAAAAGUAAUUAGUUCAGAAACUUGCCUGUUCAGGAACAUGUACAUAAGAUCAGAUGCAUGUUGGACUGGAUUUGGUGCAUCAUUUUGCAAAGUUGGUUCUUGGUUUUACAUUUAUUAAGACCAGGAAUGAUGGUUCAUCAGAGUAAUGCAGGUUUCUGUAUGAGAUGACAUGGUCUGUCUUUCAUAAAGAAAACUUCUGUACCCUAUAUAGGUGGUCUCUCAUGUCUUCCUGUUAUUAACCUGAGUUUUGCUGUGUUAACUGGUGCAAUUUGAGGUUCAGAGGAUCAGACGGUUACUGGAGAACGAAUAUUGUUCAUUUACCAAACAUGGACCUGGCUUGUUUAUUUGUGUACACUACCAAUUGUAGUAGACAUGGGACUGCCGUGGGUUGGGUCUUUCCGUAUCAAAAAAGAUUUCUGCAGGAAUGAAAGAUCCAACAGGUAAAACUUUUUUUGUUGGAUCUGCUUGCAAAGGUCAGACAGCAGGUUUUGGAGGUGACCAAUUUCUUGCACAUGGCCAUUCACCAUAAUCGAAUGUCUGUUGUAGAGAACACCCUAGUAUGGAGAAUUGACAGCUAAUUGUAUCAUAAAACAACAUUUCAUUCUUUUCUCAAUAAAAUUCUUUGCAUUGUCCAGUGCCAGUGAAUUUGAUUCAGUACAUUGUAGUUUUUUCAUUAUGAUCUUUUAUACAAAGAAAAUUCAUAUUUA